CAAAUACACAAUUCGUUCAAAAACCAUUACCAUUACCAUACCUUGAUAAGCUUAGCUUUACACCAAACAUGUCUGUGGCGACGGCUACCACCACCACACACAACAACGAGCAGCCGAUUUCGGCCUCAAAAGUGGCCAUCAUAGGCGCCGGAGUGAGCGGCCUAGCCGCAGCCAAAGAGCUUUCCCACCACAAGCCUGUAAUCUUUGAGGCCUCCGACGCAAUCGGCGGUGUCUGGAGGCAUUGCUCCUACGCCUCCACCAAGCUUCAAUCGCAGCGCCGCGAUUACGAGUUCUCCGAUUUCCCUUGGCCUUCCAACAGGGACAACUCCGAUUUCCCUUCCCACUUUGAGAUCUUGGAUUACUUGGAGUCUUAUGCUGAGCAGUUUUGUGUGCUCAACAACAUAAGGUUCAAUUCCAAGGUCGUUGAAAUUCGGUUCGUUGGAGAACAACUACUGAAUGGUCAUCAUGACCAUGGAACACCACUUCUUCCUGGUUAUCCCGUUUGGCAACUUGCUGUGCACACCAAUUCAUCAAACACCAUUCAGUGGUACUCCUUCGAGUUUGUGGUGAUUUGCAUUGGAAAAUAUGGGGAUGUACCCUAUAUUCCAGUAUUUGAUGCAAAUAAAGGACCUGAAGUGUUCAAAGGUAAGGUAUUGCACACCAUUGAUUACUGUAAACUUGAUCACGACUCUGCUAAUCAAAUUCUCAAGGGAAAGAAGGUUACGGUCGUCGGUUUCAAAAAGUCAGCCAUUGAUUUAGCCAUGGAAUGUGCCGAGGCAAACCAAGGACCUGAAGGUCAACCAUGCACUAUGGUAGUGAGAACAUUGCAUUGGCCAGUUCCCCAUUACUGGAUUUGGGGAUUGCCAUUUUUCUUGUUCUAUUCAACAAGAGCUUCUCAGUUUCUCCACCAAAGGCCAAACCAGUCUUUACUCAGAUCCCUUCUCUGCCUCUUGCUAUCUCCAAUGAGGCGUGGAAUUUCAAAGUUCAUCGAGUCCUACAUUCUAUGGAAACUUCCUUUAGAGAAAUAUGGGCUAAAACCCGAACAUCCUUUUGAGGAAGAUUAUGCCUCAUGUCAAAUGGCUAUUAUGCCGGAAAAUUUCUUCUCUGAGGUUGAAAAGGGGAAAAUUGUCUUUAAAAAAUCAUCAAAGAAGUGGUGGUUCUGGAGUGGAGGAAUUGAAUUUGAGGAUAAUACUAAAGUUGAGGCUGAUGUAGUGGUUAUGGCAACUGGUUAUGAUGGCAAGAAAAAGCUCAAAAGCAUUUUGCCAGAAACUUUUAGAAGCUUAUUGGAGUACCCUUCCGGUCUUAUGCCCUUGUACAGGGGAACUAUCCAUCCAUUGGUUCCAAACAUGGCAUUUAUGGGUUAUGUUGAGAGCAUUUCAAAUCUCCACACUUCGGAGAUGCGCUCCAUAUGGCUUUCUGGACUCCUAGAUGAAAAAUUUAAGCUUCCAAGUGUUGAGAAGAUGCUCUCAGAAACACUCAAGGAGAUUGAAGUAAUGAAAAGGUCAACAAGAUUCUACAAAAGGCACUGCAUUUCAACUUACAGCAUCAACCAUGAUGAUGAAUUAUGCAAGGAUAUAGGUUGGGGUUCUUGGAGGAAGAAGAACUGGAUAUCUGAGGCAUUCAGUGCUUAUACCAGCGAAGACUAUGCCAAAAAGGAUUGAGGACAUUAUUAUAAUCUUCCUAUUUAAGAUUGCAUUAACAGUAUUAUGAUCAUAUGAAAAAAUAAC